AUGAAUUCUGUGGCUCUUGAUGAUAUAAUCAACCGAUUGCUUGAAGUUAGAGGCAGACCAGGGAAGCAAGUGCAGCUUUCGGAGUCUGAGAUCAAGCAACUUUGUUUACAGUCCAGAGAAAUCUUCUUGCAACAGCCUAAUCUUUUGGAGCUUGAAGCACCCGUCAAGAUUUCUGGUGAUGGUGUCCAGGUUUUUGGGUAUUGGGCAAACUAA